GUUAAGCAAAGACCUAUGAUCAAAAUGUUGAUAACUUUUUGGAACACAUAUUCGAGCAUUAGUACAAGUAAUGAACGAUCUCGGCAAGCUACUAAAACUAGUUUACUCAUGUAAUAAAAUAAAAGGAUGUGCUUUGUAACAUGCUAAAGCCAUACCUUUCCCAAAUCUCAAAUCGCUUUCUUCUUUAUGAAUCCAAGAACAAAAGGAUGUGCUUAUAUAAACAUUUGAAUCUUGGAGCUUAGCUAACAAAAACGGCUUACUGUUGUUAGUAAAAAAACGCGAAACCAAAACAAUUAUGGCGAUUAAUGGAUAUGAAUAUGGAGCUUCAUCAAGAAAGCGAAGAUCUCUGUACCACAACCUUGGAGGAGGACACUUUGCUGAUAUAAUGUUCUGGAAAAACAAGAAAGAAUCAGGAACAAUCUUGGCGGUUUUCACAUUGAUAUGGUUCUUAUUCGAAGUGGUUGAAUAUCCUUUCAUCACUUUCCUCUGCCAGAUCCUCUUGAUCUCCAUCUUCAUAUUCUUCAUUUGGUCUUACAUUGGAUCUUCACAACUAAUCAAGAGGCGACCACCAAGUAUUGACGAUCUAAAGAUCUCGGAAUCAACUUGGAGACUCUUGUUCGACAAGAUAAACUGGUUCAUCAUCAGACUGUAUGAUGUUUCAAGUGGAACAGACUUUAGACUCCUAGUCUUGGCCGUUGUUUCACUGUGGAUAUUAUCAGUCGUUGGAAACUAUUUCAGCUCUCUGACUCUCUUAUACAUUGUAUUUGUGGGACUGGAGACGAUACCGAUGCUGUAUGAGCUAUACGAAGAAGAGCUGAACUAUGCAGCAAGUAAAAGCGGGAUGAACAUGAAGAAGCUCUUUGAUAACUUCAACUCUAAAGUCAUUAACAAGAUCCCUAAAGCUACUGGUAAAACUAAGAGGCGUAUGUAACGUUAUGUACUAUCAAUAUUAUGAAUCAUCACAUGUUACAUCAAAAAAUUGUAUGUCUUUGUUCACGUAAUCAUGAAUGCUCAUCAGAAAUUCAUAAUAUAUAGGAUUAAUUGAGUGUGUGUUCUUCUCCCUAUUGAAUCGGGGGAAUGACGUGAAAUAGCCCAAAGUUUAAUUUAAUUAGUUUAUUA